CAGCGGCGGGAGCUCCGCCCCGGUGCCCGGCGGUGCGGCAGCGCUCGGUCACUGCCGGCCCCGGUGUCCCUGUCCCCGGGCUGAGUCGCUGCCAUAGCGGCGAAGCCAGGCCCAGCUCCUCCCGCAGCUCCUUCCCCGAGCGGCCGCGGUUCCGUUCGCGAUCGGGGCGAGGUCAGCUCCUGUGCAGAGAGUUGUGAGUUUAUGAAGCACCUCAGCAGUUUCUGUCACUCUUCCUAGAAGGUGUCACAGGAAAACUUCACUCUUUUGUUCCAAGAAUUCACAACGGCAGCGGAGCCCCGACCUGCUGAGUGGACGGCAGCGCCCCUAAAAUGUGUCUCCCUCCGCAGCCAUCCCGCCCAGCCUUAGCCGUGCCCGCUCGCCGGCUGCGUCGCGCUGCUGCCACCUGAUAUGCGCGGUGCUGGUGGCCUGGGGCGGGCUGCGCGGGGCGGGGCCCGAUGCCGGUGAUCCCCAUUCCGCGGCGGGUGCGCUCGUUCCACGGCCCGCACACCACGUGCCUGCACUCCGCCUGCGGCCCCGUGCGCAGCGCGCACCUGGUGCGCACCAAGUACAACAACUUCGACAUCUACCUGAAAUCGCGCUGGAUGUACGGCUUCAUCCGCUUCCUGCUCUACUUCAGCUGCAGCCUCUUCACCUCCAUCCUCUGGGUGGCUCUGUCGAUCUUGUUUUGCCUUCAGUACCUCGGCAUCCGCAUCUUCCUGCGCUUCCAGUACAAACUGUCCAUCAUCCUGCUGCUGCUGGGGCGGAGGCGGGUGGACUUCAGCCUCAUGAAUGAACUGCUCAUCUACGGGAUCCAUGUGACCAUGCUGCUGGUGGGGGGGCUGGGCUGGUGUUUCAUGGUCUUUGUGGAUAUGUAAAUAAAACCAAGAGCAUGUGGGA